UGAGGACAUAACUACUGAAAUAUAUAGAAAUGGCUAGGGAGGAGGAGACCAGGGUGAAGCUCUUGGGACUGUGGGUGAGCCCAUUCGUCCGACGGGUCGAGUGGGCCCUGAAGCUGAAGGGCGUAAGCUACGACUACGUCGAGGAGGACAUCGUGAACAAAAGCCCCCUCCUCCUCGAGCUCAACCCCAUCCACCAGAAGGUCCCUGUGAUGGUCCACAAUGGGAAAGUAAUCUGUGAAUCAUUCGUGUUGCUAGAGUACAUCGACGAGACAUGGAAGCAUCGUCCCUUGUUGCCUCAAGAUCCUUAUGAUAGGGCCACAGCCCGGUUCUGGGCCCUUUUUGUCGAAGAGAAGCUUAUGAAGAAUGCAUGGAUUGCAAUAUUUUCCGAAGGAGAGGAGAAGGAGAAGGCCCACAAGGUAGCCAUCGAGGCCGUAGAGAGGAUCGAAGAGCAACUCAAGGGCAAGCGAUUCUUUGGUGGAGAUGACAUCGGGUACUUGGACUUAGCCGUGGGUUGGGUCUCUCAUAUGCUGCCCGUUUGGGACGAAAUGGGUUCCACCAAUAUUUUGGACCCUUUGAGGUUCCCUUCGACCACUUCAUGGAUCACAAAUUUCUUGGGUCACCCCUUGAUUAGGGACAACUUGCCUCCUAGAGACAGGAUGUGGGACUAUUUCCACCGCAAGAGAGAACAGAUCAUGGCCUCCAGGGCUAGCGAUUAGUCUUCAUUUUUGCCUCGGCAGCAUGGGCUCGUAUAGGUGCUCAAUGAUAAGUAAUAAACAUACUCGUGCAGAUGCAUCUGCAAUCGUAGUGUGACAUUUGAUUGUUGCAGUUUGGAACUUAUCACAGUUUGUUUAUGGGGAUUGACAUAUCCUUUAUGGUGUACGGUUGCAUAUUGUGUUAUUAUGAGUGUUGUUGAUGAGAACACUUCACCCGAUGUACACAAACAUGAAAACGAAUGCAGCGAACACCGACAAACACGAAGGAAGGGGAAUGCUUUGAGGCAUGAUCAACGCUUUCCGUAGAGAAUUAUCUGCCCCCACACGUAGUUGCUAGAGGGCUUUGACAGAGAUCCUCUCGGAAUACAACGAAACCUUAGAAUUCUCGAUUAGUAAAGUCGAAGAAUUCAUGAA